AUGCUUAAAAUUUCAUCGCUUCAAUACUUUCUGUUACUCUUCUACGCAAGCCUCACAGUAACACAUCGAGUCGCGUAUAAUGGUGUCUUAUUUCACGAGUCAUCAGAUGCGACGAUUGUGAGCGACGAGUACAUUUACGUGCCAAUCGGGCACUCCGUUGAGCUUCCAUGCGUGGCCCGAGAAAAGACUCACCAAAUGCACAUCGAUUAUAAAAAGGCCGACUGGCGAUACUACACACGAUAUGGAAGAAAGAUGACAAGCUCUUACGGGAUACGCUACGAUAAAAGAAUCGAUCGCUUUCACUUCAAUGACACAACCUCUUUCCUGUCGGCGCGUUUCCUCCAGGCCAUUCAUAACAACACAAUGCUCGAGUGUUGGAUACCUAUCGGUUAUCAAGAGCCUGUCCGCUAUGUUGUAUCACGUUUCCGAAUCAUUAUUCAAGAUUGCGGUGUUGAAGACAAUGUAUUUCUUAAUCUCAUGAAUCCUUGUGCUUUUGGUAAGUGCUCUGUGCGAAAUUUGACGAAGGGCCUUCAUGAUAAUGUGCGGUUGCUCGAAUGCCAUUGUCUUCAACAUUACACUGGAAUAUUUUGUCAACAAGAAGUUGGAAACGCGUUUGCUUAUCUGUUUGGCUGUUAUUCCUACAAUCUCAUUUGGAUCUUCACCUUCCUUGGAUUUUUGGUUUCAAAUCGUUUUCCAAAAACUCGCGUAGCUCUCAAAGGACAUCCAUUGCGAAAAACGGAGGACAACAACAAAAAUGUUAUCGAUGAAAAGAGAAGCAAAAGUUCUUGU